AUGAGCAUACCGUAUGCGAAGCCGCCUGUUGGGGAGCUGAGAUUCAAGGUAAGCGAUGUGGUCGUAGAAAUAUGUUCGGGUCAACGAUACUAUGGAUGGCCUCGGUUCGUCGUAGUUGAUGGGGAGGCUGGGAGAAGGCUUAGUUGGUAGUAAUAAUAUGAUUGAUCGGAUUGCGUAUCACCUAUUUUGAGGCAUUUUGCAUCUACUCACAUCAAUAACGUGUUGAUAAAAGUUACGAAUCUUUGCUUUUUGCCGAAAAUUUUGGUCUUUUACAUGUUACAAUAACACAGGGUAAAGAAAACCAACGUUAAUGAUAGCUGAAAUUAGAAAAAGUGGCCGUGUUGAACGUCUUCGCGAAGCCUCCGCCGAACCUUCGCCGAGCGUCCGCCGACCAUCCAACGGUCUUACCAGGCGUUAUCCACCAUUUUGUGUUCCCCGAACUGUCGUCGACCCGAAAAGUCGGGACGCAAAAAUAUUACUCUAAUUCAUUAUUCCAAACGAUUUUUUUAAUCUUACAGAAGCCAGAAUCCCCUGAGCGCUGGUCGAAUGUCAGAGAUUGCUCAAAAUUACCUCCGAGAUGUCCGCAUUACGACAUGUAUCAUGAAAAGGUGACCGUGAACAUUCCAAAGUCGGAAGACUGCCUCUACCUCAACGUAUUUACUCCUGGAGUUGUUGGAGAGGAGAAGACGAAUCUGCCAGUCAUGUUGUACAUUCACGGAGGAGCUUUUGUUGUCCAUUCGGCAUCUCAUUUGGGAGAUAAGAACAUUUGCAGGUAGGGCUGGGAAAUCGAUAAUAAAAAAAGUUGUGAUAGGUUUUACCAUACGAAACAUACAGUAGUUGGCAGCGAAUUGUCAAUUUUUUUAUUUCGUGUGUAACUUCACUCAGACUCAACAGAAUUUGAUGAGACCAAGAGCGUUUAAGAGGCUGGGAGGCACGCUUCAACCUUAUGAAAUUGUUUUAUUUCAUAUCGGCCACAGGCGUGGUAAAAAUUUCAAAACAAUUUUUUUUUGGGGGACAACGAAUUGUCAAUUUUUACGUUUUGAGGCAUAAGAUCUCAAUAAACCAGCAUAUAAAGACUAGAAUGGAGAGUAAUCAGUUGCCAGCAAUCAUAGAACAACAUACAACGGGUUUCAGCCAUUAGUACAAUCUCCUUCGCUUUCUAUAGGUCGGGCACUUGGGGGUGGACCAUGUACAAUAUAAUGUCAGCCUGGGGGCUUCCUAGGCCGAAAUUAUCUUAUAUUCCGGUUUUUUAUGGAAGAUUAUUGCAUAUAUUUAACACACUUGCACCGGAUUACAAAUUGGAGGGGCUACGGGUCAAAAAUUCGUCAGAUAAUAUUAUUUUUGGUCAUUUAAACUCUGUGUUUCGCCCAAAAAUCGAUAAUUUUUUUGCCGACAGGGGGCAUAGGUUCAUUUAAUCCUCCUUUACGGCCAAACUAACGACAUUCUACAAAUUAUUUCAUUACCUGUCUCGACGCCCUGAAAUUUCCGGGUGAGAUUCUGACGGUCCAAUUAAUUCUUGUGCCACACUAGGGUGGUGAGUAUAUUAAUCAUUUUAUUGCGCGUCUUCUACGUUUUUAAACGUUAAAACUAAUAUUUUUAAUGCUUGUAAAAAUCUCUAAUUUGCUAAUAAAAUGUCUUGGAAGUUGCAGGCUUGAAGAAAUAAGAAUUUUUCUGGGUGUUGCAAACCCGACGUGAAAAUUCAUGUGAAUCCAAAUAUUUCCCUCUGCAUACCUCUUCCAUGAGUGCUGGUACUGACAUGUGAAAGGCACUGAAUAUUUGUUUUUUAGUGUAGUUUGUUUUCAAAUAUAGAAGGUUUCUCCAGCGACCUUCAUGCGCGACAUUAUUUGAUUUUUGAUACUCUGACCAACAGUAUGAAAGGCCAUGAUUAACAUAUUCGAGGUAACAAGGCGCAAGUGUAACCCAUUAGGUGUAAUUUUUUGACUUGACCUAGCGUUGUAAGAUGUAACCGCCCAUAAAAAACCGGAAUAUAAGAUAAUUUCGGCCUAGGAAGCCCCCAGGCUGACAUUAUAUUGUACAUGGUCCACCCCCAAGUGCCCGACCUAUAGAAAGCGAAGGAGAUUGUACUAAUGGCUGAAACCCGUUGUAUGUUGUUCUAUGAUUGCUGGCAACUGAUUACUCUCCAUUCUAGUCUUUAUAUGCUGGUUUAUUGAGAUCUUAUGCCUCAAAACGUAAAAAUUGACAAUUCGUUGUCCCCCAAAAAAAUUUGUUUUGAAAUUUUUACCACGCCUGUGGCCGAUAUGAAAUAAAACAAUUUCAUAAGGUUGAAGUGUGCCUCCCAGCCUCUUAAACGCUCUUGGUCUCAUCAAAUUCUGUUGAGUCUGAGUAAGUUACACACGAAAUAAAAAAAUUGACAAUUCGCUGUCAACUACUGUAUAUCGAUAGAUAGCGUUUUCAAUGUUCUUUCAGAUGAUCUGAACAGAAAUAGCAGAAUUUUAAUUUUACCUAUGAAGAAUGGACAAUAAAAAUGGCAAAAUAAGCGUUCUAGACCUAAUAGGUCCUGUGGAAACGUCAAAAGUAGUGAACUUGCUCCAUCUCUAAACUUUCAGAUACCUUUGUCAAAAAGAUGUGAUCAUAGUCACCAUCAACUACCGUCUCGGGUUUUUUGGUUUCAUGACCACAGCCGACCCCUCUUGCCCUGGGAACUUUGCCUUCUGGGACAUGCACAAAGCUCUCCAGUGGGUUCAAGACAAUAUCGAAUACUUUGGAGGAGAUAAGGAUAACGUCACCAUCUUUGGUCAAAGUGCUGGUGGAGCCUCCGCCGACUUUUUGGCCUUAUCUCCACACACUCAGAACCUGUUCAAAAGAUACAUUGCAAUGGCUGGGACUGCGUAUGCGACUCAUUCAAGGACGACGUCAAAGAGGCUGAGAGAGGAGUGGAUCCACUACGCCGAAAAAGUUCUGGGAUUCAAGUGCAACAAGGAUAAGAAAAAAGAGAAGAUCGAUGAGGAAUUGUUGACGUUUUUACGGUAAAAUUCUAACACAAGUAUUGUAUUUACGUCCUCGAUUGGUUUUGUGUAAUUAAGGGGGUCUUUACAUAUUUUGAUUCAUAUAGAGGCGGACCUGAUUUAGUGGCAAAAAAGUAUUAUUUUGCUUUCGCGAAGUAUCAAAAAAUGUGGCAAAAUACCUCCAUCUCCAAGUGCAAAAACUCCGUGUUCAAAAGCGCGCCCAUUUUUUUGUGAGAGCCCUUCAAAACGGAUUUUUCUUAGUUGAAGAGGGAGGUAUUUUGCCACAUUUUUUUGAUACUUCCCGAAUGCAAAAUGGUACGUUCUUUCACACUGGAUCACUGUAACUCAAACCACAAAAAACUUCUCCAUUCCAGCUCCCAGCCAGCCCACAAACUGGAGCUUUCUAUGCUCCCAGACAAACGAAUAACGAUUACUCCGGACGGAAGACUUCGUGUUGCUCCAGUUGUUGAUGGCGACUUCUUCCCCAAGGACUUUCUUGAGCUGCGAAAAGAGAUGCCCAGAAAAGACGUUUUGGCUGGUGUUACUCAAUGGGAAGGGCUUCUGUUUAGUAAGCAUUUAUUCUUCUUAAUUUUAGGCCACUUACUUUGUAAUGCAAAAGAUUAUUGUAUGCAUGACAUAAACAAUAGCAAUUUUUGCAUUUUCAGUGCUUCUCAAGCCCUCCUACAAAACAUUUGCCAAGUCGCUGAUGGUCGGAACCCUUUCAAAAUACAAGCUAGACAAGCCGGUUGAGGAGUAUGUCGAGAAAGCCUACUCCACGUUUGUCGACGUCACAAAGCCGGAGAAUUCGCUGGAGCACAAGCAGCAGCUGGCCAAAGUCAUAUCAGACGUCAUGUAUAACAAUAAUUGUCGACAUUUUGCGGAGAGCACAAUGAAAAAUGGAAGUAAAGUCUUCUUGUAUACUUUUGAAUAUUGCCGGCCAAACGUUGGAGGAUUUCUUGGCUACAUGUUUCCAUUCAAAGGUAUGGCGUUUACCGUGAUGAAGAAGGGUUGUUUACUACUAUUAUAACACUCUUGGCCAAAAGUCCUGGAAUUUUCUCUGACUGUGCCAAACCGUUCUUAAGAUUUUAAUAUAGUAGCUACUUGGUAUUUAAGGAAAGUUUUCUUCAUAUUUAGCAGCCUUCAUUGACUAGGGAGCCACGGAACUUAUCUUUUUUGUAAAGAGAUUUGACGAGUUUACAGAGCUUUAUUUCAGGCGCUACUCACACAAUUGAAGUCGCAUAUCUGUUCGGGAAAUGCAUCACCUCAACUCAUUUCACUCCAUCUCCUGCUGAUCUGAAAGUCAUCGAUCGAUAUACCACUUACUUCACAAAUUUUGCCAAAUAUGGCGAUCCAAAUGGUCAAGUUCCAGAAGAAGCGAAAAAAUGGUUGCCACUCACAGAAGACCAUGCGGAGAGAAAUUUGGUGAUCAAGGAGAAAGAAGACACCAUGCAAGAGGAGUUCUUUGAAGGAAGAUAUCGAAAAUGGCUGGAAGUGUGGCCAGAUGUGUGCGAAAUGAAAUUGGCGGAAUGA